AUGGCUACUACUACCUCCUCCGUCACCAUCAACUUCUACGGCGAGCUCCGCCAGCUGUGGGUUGAGAUAAACUCCCACUGCGAGCGACUCCAUCUCCUCGAUUCCACUACCCGUGUCCUAUCCGCCUGUAUCGAAUGCAAGAUUACGCCUUACGGGAUGGUUCCGCUCGAUAUUGACGGGCUCGAGAACGCAGACGAGUACGUUAUGCAACUGGUUAUCUGCGGCCCAGAGUUCCCCGUCGGCCCGAUCAUCUCGUUUGUUGACUCGGUCCGCAUGAUGUGUGAGCCUGUGAGUGGAUCCGCGCAGGUGCAUAUUACUGCUAUUGCGGUUCCGUAUGCGACGCAGCAGCCUGAUGUUGCGGCCGCUGGUGGCUACUAG